AUGGCAUCCAUCCCAUCCAGCGGCUCGCUCAUGGCAACACACAACUACCACAGAAGGCGCCUGAGUUCCACCUCCAGCAACAGCUCCUGCGGCAGCUCGGAGUAUUCUGGGGAGGUCAUCCCCCACCCCCCGGGCCUGCCCAAGUCUGACCCCGGCCACUGGUGGGCCAGCUUCUUCUUUGGGAAGACGACUCACCCAGCCAUGACAACUGUGUCAGAGUCCUCUGAAAGCCUGGGAGCUCUGCAGGUGACCACGGGACCCAUGGCGUGUGCCCUGGCGCCGGCCCUGGGCGCAGGACGGCAGCGCCACGCCAGCGAGCCCAGCUCGGGGCCCUCAGCAUGA